AUGUCGGCUAAUGGGCUGUAUGAUCCUGAUCAGAGUGCUGUAGAUACCCGGUGGAUUCAGCCAUGGAGCGAGGCGUUUAGGGCUCAACGCGACGUUGGACUCCGCGUUCCUAUCAAUUUCCAGACUGUGCCGGGUGUCUCGCUGACGGCAGCGUGUUUUCCUGAAAAUCAGUUUGAGCAUUUUGCUUUUAAAAGGUGCUUUUCUAAUUUGCUUGCCGUGGGGUUUCGCAGGUUCACCGUGGAUACGUAUUGGGAUCCUCUACGUCAAGUAUGGAGCUUGUGUCCUGUGGAGCUUCCUCGAGCAAAUGGAGGUGACGCGAAUGGCGCGGAGGCGCCGGUGAGGACAAGUCAGACGGUAGUGCAGUCCAGUGAUACUGUGAUGGCUUCAGUACCAAUGUCAACAGUGCCUCUUCCUCCGGGGGCACAAAGACGCCAAGAGACGGCGACAUCAGCAGCAGCAUCUCCGUCUAUUAUAUCUGCUUCUGCUUCGUCAGUGUCUUCAGCACCAACCAGUGCAGCGACUCCCACCAUUGUCGACUUUCCGAGUCCAGAUGGACCACCAAUCUUGCAAGUUGGCAACUAUAAUUGCACUUCUCUCACGACACUAGAUCUGCUCACGGGAAUAUUGGAAGAUUUCCUAGACGCAACCUCCACUACUACUGGCGCUGCUCUAGUCCUGUUUUCAUUCAAUGUACAUGCCGCGUCCUCGAUUGCUAACCCCAAUGCUGAUGCUCCUAUCCUUUCUCGAGGCCAACUACCCGGACAAGGACAGCUACUUAGCGAUAUAUUGCGAGGCAAUCUCUCGGAUGAGACGUAUAAACCUACCAACCUGGCUGACCAGCGAGCGAAUCUGAACGAGUCUUGGUAUGAUGUCGAGUGGAACAAUCAGCCAGUACAUGGAUACUACGAGGGGUUGACCAACGCUGAGGGCCAGUCAUAUACGCGCAACGGAUGGCCAACAGAAGCUUUUAUAGAAUUCAAAAAGCUGUUCCGCUUGGUUGCCAGCUACGGCACCAUCGACUCUCAAAUGCGCGAGUACAAUACAACCGCCGACUCUGGCUACAUCUUCCCUGCAGGCACACUUUCCAACCAAAUCUCUACCUCUGUCGACUCAGACGGCAGCGUAACAUCCGGCUGUCUCUUCAACCCCUCCUCCACCAGCAUCACGACCCCAAACGCCUCCUGGGCCCUAUCCACCGCCCCGCAACUCGACCUACCCGCAAACCCCGACCUCUCCCUCCUCAUCCCCUCCAUCACCAACCUCACCCGCUGCGGCACAUCCCCCUUCCUCAACCAAACCCUCGCCCGCACCCCCGCAGACCGCAACUCCCUCCCCUACGCCGCCUUCGUCCACUCAACCCUCUGGUCCUUUGCCCCGGGCGAACCCCUCAACGCAACCCAAAACGACGACACCAACAGCAUAAACCGCUGCGUCGUAAUGACAAAAUCCACACAUCCCAGCCGCUGGCGCACAACAGACUGCCGCGAGCCCCACCGCGUCGCAUGCCACGACCCUUCUUCGCCCUACACCUGGCGCCUCUCCUCCGACACCUCCCCAUACGAAACCGCAGAAUCCCACUGCACACCGCCCUCCCGCUUCAGCGUCCCGCACACCGCCCUCGAAAACGCACACUUGUAUUCUGUCUUAGCUGCUAGUCCGGACGACGACGUCGUCUACAUCAAUUUGAACAGUAUCAAUACCCCCGACUGCUGGGUCGAGGGCCGCAACUCGACGUGUCCGUACCUCGCGAGUACGGAUACGGAUCGGACGCGCAUUGUGGUUGUGCCAACGGUGGCGGCGAUUAUCAUUUUCGUACUUGCGGCGCUGACUUUUUUUGUAAAGUGUGCGGCGAAUCGGAGAGAGAACGUUAGGGGGAGGAAGAGGAGGUUGGUUGGAGGGUGGGAGUAUGAGGGUGUGCCUAGUUGA